AGUGCAGUGUGUAUAAGACAAUGAAUGUGUGACUGUGUACUACUGCAGGUUAUUCAUGUGUGCUCUUGUCCCAGCCAGCUACCAGCACUUUGCCAAAGUUGCUGUCAUAAGAGUGCCACAGAUGCAGCACUAAUCCAGCAAUUACUCAUUCAUGCUGAAACAGCUCGAUGUGAAGGUUCAAAAAAGCGAAGGCUUUACACACGUCAGCUGUUCCCCCUUGGAUCUGCAAUCUGUGUGCUUGCAAGAGCAUAGAUCGACGUAAACUCAUUGUACUACCAACUGGUGACUAAUGAUUCUCAUACAAGUCUGACCUGAACCACGUACUCCAACUUGGAGGCUGGGAAUCUCCAGACCGACAGCUCGCAGAGUGAUUCCUUGCCUCAUCUUACCCUUCGUCUGGUAACUCGCAGUCAAACGCUCGACAUCCCCAUGUCUCCACCGUACUACAGUAGCACUCGGGGCUCAAUCAAUCAAUGAGAAGAUGGUACCUUUUGCCCCCUCCCUCAUCCGGGGAGCAGCCCAUCGCCUCUGUGGUCUCCGUAUGUCCUGAGUCAGAACCUCGCCGAUGAUCAAAUAGAAGAAGAUACAUUUACCAAUCAGGUGGGAGGGAUGUCAGUAAGGAGUGAUCAUCGGCGACUGAGGCAGUCCAGUCGACCUACUCCAGACUCUGUCGACACUCGAAACUCAAAGCUGAGCCCCUCCCGCUCUGUACUCUCGAGGAUUACUAGAUCUCGCUCAGGAAACUCGCAGGGAAACUCAGAAAUUACUAGGUCUCAGUCAGGAAACUCGGAGAUUACUAUGUCACAGUUAGGAAACUCGGAGAUUACUAGGUCUCGUUCUGACAGCUUGCAAGAAUCGCAUUCAGCUCAUCCGAAACAUCAUCACAUUAGAAGCUGAAAUACACGAAGAUUGUAUACCAAGUCAACCUCCAACAGGGCACAGCGAAAAUGACAGAGAUGAAAACGAAAAAGAAGAAUCAGCUAAUCUUCUUGUAGACGCAAGUGACGGUGUAAAGAGCAAGCCAGCUGGUAGCUCAGACAGCGGUAGAAACUUGGAUCUGGUCUUAGAAAGCAAUAAUCGUGGAAAUCUUUCAGAUGAAGGUGGGGAAAGAGCACAAGAAAAUGGCGAUGCAAACCCGGACUCGAAAAAGGACCAACUCUCGUUGGAGUUUAGAGGCAGCAGUGGUGGUUCUGAAAUGAUCCUAACUCUGGAGUACAGGAGGGAGCUGGAGACAGCGUUUGUCACAAACCACUUGUACGGAAACACUCCACAGUCUAUCGCUGAAGCUGCUCACACCAUCACACUCCAAGCUCAGAUGUAUCUCCAGAGGCUCAACUACCUGAGUGUGUCAUACAAGAUCACAGGGGAAUACGAUGACAUCACUCUCAAUGCCGUCAAGACAUUCCAGCGAGCCCACAACCACCACGAGGCCCAGUUCUCGGUGGUGGUACCAGAGACUGGUCACCUCUCCCCCACCACCUACCAGUUCCUCAGACAGGCUUACAUCACCAUCUACGCCAGCAUGGUUAGAAUUGGACUAGACAAGUACCUGGGUGAUAACUUUAACCCCAUGUCGACGGCUCCAAGGGACAUCAGAGUGUUCAGAGAGUGUGUGAGUGGGCUACAGAGGAGUCAGGGGCUGAAGGAGUGUCAGAGCGGGGCCAUGUGCGCCAACACCAUCCACAGAAUAAGCAACUCUUGCAUGCUCAGAAGAAAGUAACAGUGUAGUAGUGUAAUUUUUGGGUUUUAGAGUGUUCAAAUUCAGAAAAAUGUUGUUGUCUACUAUGGGAAUUUGGUUGAAUUUUUGGGAGGAAAAUACCCUCUUAAAGUAUGAACAAUGCAACAACAAGUUUGUGCCCAUGCAAGAUGCGCCAUUGCUUUUAUUUCAUGCGUAGUAGCU